AUGGCCGAUGAUACCGCCACGGCGGAGGAUUCGCCCAUUACUUUCACCAUCAAAGCGUCGAACGAUGCCAAGUUCACUCUCACUCUUCCAUUAUCGACACUGGUGUCGGACUUGAAGGAAAAUCUCUCUACCUCCGAGUAUGCCGAUACCCCCGCGGACCGUCAGCGUCUGAUCUAUUCCGGACGGGUGUUGAAGGACAACGAGACCUUGGCUACAUAUAAGAUUAAGGAUGGCCACACCAUUCAUCUUGUGAAAAGUGCGGCCAGCAACCAGCAACAAGGCGCUGCUUCUGCUGCUUCGCACAGCACUGCUCCUUCUGCGUCAACCACAGGCGCUGGGACUGCGAAUCCAUCGGCAGCGGGUGUUCCCACGAACAUAGCUGCCGGUACGGGCAACAACCCUCUCGCUGGUUUGACAGGUGCCCGAUAUGCGGGAUUUGCGCAGCUUCCAGGUGCUGGGAUGUUUGGUCCUGAUGGUGGGAUGGGACCUCCUCCCGAUACCGACAGCAUGCUUAACAUGCUUGAAAACCCUCAAUUCCAAUCCACUAUCAACGAAGCUUUGCAGAAUCCAGCCAUGAUCGACAUGAUGAUCCAGCAGAACCCUAUGCUACGCGAGAUGGGUCCCGGAGUGCGACAAAUGAUGCAGAGUCCCGAAUUUCGUCGCAUGCUCACUGAUCCUAACUCCCUUCGCCAUAUGAUGCAGAUGCAAAGAGCCAUGGGUGGCGGUGGAUUAGGCGGUGGCAGCGCUUUUCCGGCCCCUGGUGUCACAAACACGACUCCUGAACAGAAUCGGGACGCUCAGAACAACGGCAAUAACAACACCAGUAAUGCGACACCAGCCGCAGGUGUGCCCCGGAUGAUGCCUAUGAUGCCCCCAGGUCUUGGUGCGGGGAACCCUUUCGCCGCGCUUUUCGGUGGCAAUCCCAUGGGCGCGAAUGUACCUAAUAGAUUUGCACCCGCCAGCAACACAGGUACCGGGCAAACCGAUACUGCACAGAGGGCGGCUGGAACGAGUGGGACCGAGGAAACAACUGCAGGAGAGGGUCAGAAUCAGCAGGCUACCCAAAACCCAUUUAGUCUUUUCAUGAACCCUGCACUGUUUGGGGCACCAGGUGGUCAGGCUGGUCUGGAUCCCUACAACCCGCAACAGAAUCCAUUCCUCCGCGACCCAGCUCUGCUCCAGCAAGUGAUGCAGUCGAUGGGUGCUCCGGGAGAAGGUGGUGCCGACGGAGUCAAUCCGUUGGCUGCACUCCUUGGAGGCGGCGGUGGAUUUGGGGGUCCCGCCCCUCCUCCAGAUAACCGUCCGCCUGAGGAACGAUACGCCGAGCAGCUCCGGCAACUGAAUGACAUGGGAUUCUAUGAAUUCGAGAGAAAUAUUGAAGCUCUCCGUCGGACUGGUGGAAGUGUUCAGGGUGCCGUGGAGUAUUUGCUAAGCCAUUCAUCUUGA